AUGGCGACGACUACAGCUACUGCCACUGCUACUGCGACCACUACGACCACUACGAUGACCACUAUGACCACUACGACGACCACAAUGCUAGCGACCAACAAGCGCCAGCAAAAGGAGCGCCGGCGGGAUGCCCAGACCCGGCCAGCCCGCUCCAACAGCCUCCAGCGCAUGCUCGAGCUGGAGAAGCAGUGUGUACUAGAACGACGGCACGCUGUCCGUGCAUCGCCCACCUCUCCCAAGAUGAUGCAGCCCCCGUCAAGCACGUCGAUGCUGCCUGCUCCUCGCCCAACAACAACCCACUCCCGCCAAUACUCGGCGGAGCAGCGCAAGCACUUCCUUGAAGAAUCCGUGUCUGGGCAGCUGAAAAUGCAGCAAUCGAGGCCAGCGCCUCUCAAAAUUAGUACCCAUGUCAAAGGCGCUACACCUCGCACUAACACCACUAGCACCACCGCCAGUACCGAUUUUAAAUCAGAUCUACCGGCUCCAUAUAGUCCCUCCACCGUUCACUCUAAGACUAAGGCCAGGCCCAAGGGGCAAGCGCAAGUCCAAGUGCAGACCAUCAGUUUGAGUUCUUCUACUGGAAUGCUGCCCCAGCCGAAUAAACUUGCUACUGGUCCCAAGACGGUCACCUUCCACGAGCAGCCUCUGACCUCAAACCCCAGCACUGUCAUUGCUGCUGCCUCUCUUGCAGAGGAUCGGAACUCUAUCUGCCAGUCGCCUAGCUGGGAGGCGUACGCCAGACGCAAGAAGGAAAAGAAGCAGGGCAAGGAGCAGAUCGAGAAGGAGACCAAGCCUAAUUCGAAGACGAAGCCGCCGCGCCCUAGCAAGUUGUCGCAUUCCCAUUCAGCAUCGGAGCCAACCUUGCCCCUCCAGCAACCUGCCCAGACCAGGACUGUGAAGUUUGAAGAGCGGCCGGAGGAUACUAACAAAGCCCGCCGUGCCAGCACAAUCGGCAUCCCCGCCAAGCAAACUCUCCCUUCGCCAGCAGCACUUAAUGCCAAACCGCCUCAAACUCGACGGAUCCGGUCCAACUCUCUCUCUUCCAUUUUCAGAUCACCCUUCGAGUCCCACCGACCGUCACUCGAUAGCAAUAGCGGCGGUUUUAUUGGAGGCAUCAAGCUCGAGCACCAGCGCCUUGUUGCGUACCAGCGAGCUCUUAACGAGGAAGCGAUUGGUGCCAGCGGCGACAUCCACCCAGCGUUCAGAAAACACACAAGGCGCUCAUCCAGCCCUCUCAGGUUCCUUGUGCCCAAGACUGGGCCCAAGGAAGCACACGAUCGGGCCUAUCCGCCGAUCUCAAUACGCACAUCCGCCACGGCCCAGGGUCUCCUGCCCCAGAACUCAGACGCGAUGCCUGAAGGUCGAAUGAGCCGUUGGAGGGCUCAUUUCGGUCUACGAUCUGAGCCCAAGCCACAAAAGCUAAACAAAUCCUCAUCCACAGAGCGUGAUCAAAACCUGGGCGCCGUCUUCUCUCAUCGGAAUGCGUCCUCGCCAGCCAUCCAUCCACCACCCUCGGACCAGAUGAGUCGCCCUACAAGCCGACACAAGAACUCUCCCUACCUCACUGCCUCCUCCAAGGAUCUCGAAAUGCGGUCGGCUUCCUUCUCCAAUUUCCAGACACUACACAACCCAAAGCGGAUCAACGACCGCCGGAAGACCAUGACAACCGCCGCACCUGCUCCCAACUCCUCCGCGGACUCCUAUUCAGAAGAUUUACGCUCCUCGAUGGCGGCAGGCACUCCCGACACCUCCCGGCCAGGGUCAGGGAGAGUUGAUGGCUUCGAUCACGUCGCCGAGGCGCGGGCAGCGCUUGAGCGACCCCAUUCUCCGGCUUUUUCAACGAGUGGCGCAAGUGCGGUUGACCUGAACCCUGUUCAAUCCGCUGCUAUGAAGGUCUUGGCCGCGUUCCCUGACCUUCCCCCGCCCACUCGCCCAGGCAUGGGUCGACGCACCGAGUCCAUGUCGAGUGUUCAAUCGGUUCUUCUCCCAAGAAUCAAGCAGCAGAAUGGCCAGCAAAAGGAAGCCAACAAGGCUAAAUCGAUCAAGGCAUCCAAAUCCAAGGCCGAUGAUGACAAGGCGCCGGCACUCCGCGACUUGAUCAUGUCCAAGGAUGAAUCUUCGGCUGCAGCCCCUUGGCCUGCAUCAUAUCUGGAGGCUGCGCGCAAGGCUGCGCCAGUUAAAGAGUCCAAGACGCCACCCAAGAUGCCUGGAUCGCCAGCGCUGUCAGCAGCGCCAGCAGCGGUUGUUCCCUCCCCCAUCCCAUCUGCUCCACCCAGUGUGAAGGCAACCUCUCCACCUACAUCACGCAAAUCUUCUGAUUCAUCCCCUGGAGUGCGAUCUGCCAGUCUCAAUGGUGAGCCUGUUGCGAAGAUGCUGGUCCAGUGCUGCUGCUGCAAGUGCUACCAUGAUAUGCCAAGCAACUUGUACGCGGCUAUGAAUGACCCCGAAGCUAUGCUGGACUUGGAAGAGCAUAACGAAUUUGCUGGAUCCGUCUCCAUGUCUAUCAAGUGUCCAUGGUGUAAACAUGACAUGAACACCAAGUGCUGCGCUGGCUAUGCAGCAAUACUCCAUGUCCAGGAGAGAUUACAUUAA